GAAAAUCCACCAAAAAGACCAUCCAGGAACUUUUGGCAUACUAUUUUUAGCGUAUAAUUUGAGACAUACCAAUCUUCUGAUCUUCUCACAUACUAAUCUGACAUACUAUAUGGUGUGCAAGUAUGCGAUCUGAGAUUCAGCCCAGAUGUAGGUAUGUUUUGUUGGCCUGUUACACCUUAGCUUUAGCAGUAUCCAGUGCAAACAUAACUGGAGUGGUAUGAUCUCCUGUUAACAUGCUUUUGAAAGCAAGUCCCCUCAGAUAACAUGACUUCAUAAAAUAAACAACAUGCUUGUCUGGAUUAGCCCCUUCUAGGAGUAGGUUCCUCCAGAAGAACACAACAGCCUUGAUGAUUUCUAAUAAUGUUGGCUGGGAGGGCUCCCUCUUGUGGCCACCUAAGGCAUUGUGUCACUGGAGGAUGGUAGUCGCUGCUAUCCUAAGCGGCAAUUCUCAGCUGAUUUCAGACGAGACAGUGAGCGAGAUAGUGUGUGACAGUGAGAGCAGACUGACAGCGACUGACAGACAGCGAGUGUUAGAAAGAGACAGAGAAAGAUGCAUGCCAAGAACCAGAAAAGAAUUGUCAUGGAUAGAAAAAACUGAAAGAGAGACUGAGGGGGAGGGAAGAAUGCGGGCCCACGUGAGGAACGGCACUGUUCGCAGAGUGCAGUCAGUAAAACCCAGGCAGUCAGGUGAAAAGUGUGAAAAGCCUCUAUUGUUGCAGAGAUAGCCACACAGAUCUGACCUCUGUCCAGCAGCCAGACCAUCUCUGAUCAGCAGUAUGGUGUUCUCCCAUCUGGACUAACUACUGGGACCGGCCCCACUAUUCACUGGCUGUACUGGCCGGGUCCGGUGGCACGAGGGGACAGUGCACGUUUGUAGGGACAGUGCACAUCUGUGAAGGAGCGUGCACGUUUGUAAAGGGUGUAGUGCUGCCUGUUUGUCAGGGACAGUGUAUGCCUCUGUUGUACUUCAACAAACAGGGAACUCUAGGGAUAAAGUGUGUUGUUGUUGAAGAUCGUACAGUAGGAUAGCAGAAUUACAAUGAAGAAAACAACGCUGGAAAACAGGUCGUCCGUGCGUAAAUCAGGCAUCGAGGAUGGAUCAGAGGAAAAAUGUGAUGGAAAGCGACAGAAAAACAAGUCCUUCUGGCAGAGUUUCCGGAAGUCACAGAGCGGCGCCGUGAGGCAGACUUCAAAAGGCGAGGACGUGGGCUUUGUAGCCAGUGACAUCACAAUGAGUGAUGAAGAGCGCAUCCAGCUGAUGAUGAUGGUCAAAGAGAAGAUGAUCAGCGUGGAGGAGGCCCUGGCACGGCUGAAGGAGUUUGAGACCCAGAGCAGACAGGCCUGCAGCACUGACCCUAAGGAAUGCCCAGAUGUUCCCAGUCCGCCCCUGAACGAGUUCUCCAGCUACAACUCGUGUGACCAGUCAGACUGUGAACAGGAGGACAUUGGGACGUUCAGACGGCUCCACAAACUGGUCAGCUCCAGUCGCAGAGUCCGCAAGAAACUCAUCAGGAUCGACGAGUCCAAGAAGCUUGUGCCUGAGGAUUCUCUUUGUGUAGAUGGGCUUGUCCCAGGUGAUGCCAUGUCCUCGCUGUCCCUGUACUCUGGGGUUCAGAAGAAGCAGUCUGUGCCUGGGGGGUGUCACCACGUCGACUCCUUAGCCUCUGCCCUGCGCGACCAGCCGACCUGCGACCUGACCACCUCCCCCUCCUCCUCCUCCUCCCUGGACACUUGCAGCAGCCACACCCACACCUACACACUGGACGCGGUCUCCAGUACCACACAGAGGCUGCUCAGAGCCUUCAGUAAGACAGGAGGAUCCAGCCCAGCCUGUAGCCCAGGCAGACGCCCCGACACAGGACCCACUGGGGAGGGGAAGGUGGCGGGGGUCGGGGAUAGUGGUUCUUCCCUGUCAGAGAUAGAGGUCGGCGGAGCAGAAGACAGAGUCCGGAUCGCCCGGUCGGUCACAGAUGGAGAGAUAAGGAGAGCACUCAGCCCUGUCAGCUCCCAUGGGAGAGCCUGUAGCUUUGGCGGGUUUGAUUUGACCAGCCGGACUCUGGACAUGGAUGACGGAGAUCAGGAGCAUGUGAACAAAGAUGGGGAUGCCAGUGUGAAAAACGUAGUCAGAUCUCCACCGACGAGCCACCGAGUGUCUUUGGGCAAAAAAGUGAAGUCCGUUAAAGAGACCAUGAGAAAACGCAUCACCAAGAGAUAUCACUGCUCUCUAUCUGAACAGUCCAGCCCAGAGCGUAUGUCCAGCGGGCCCCAGUCCCCGCACAGCAACACUGACACAGACUCGCCUGAGAAACCCAAGCUGAAGGCUGGAGGGUCAGUGGAGAGUCUGAGGAGUUCCCUCAGCGGACAAAGCUCCAUGAGUGGUCAGACAGUGGGAACAACAGACUCCUCCAACAGCAACAGGGAGAGUGUCAAGUCUGAGGACGGAGAGGAAGAGGAACUUCCCUACAGAGGACCUUUCUGUGGUCGAGCCAUGGUCCACACUGACUUCACGCCUAGUCCCUAUGAUACUGACUCUCUCAAACUGAAGAGAGGCGACGUUAUUGACAUCAUUAGCAAGCCUCCAAUGGGGACAUGGAUGGGCCUGUUGAACGGCAAGGUGGGAACCUUUAAGUUCAUCUACGUGGACGUGCUGACCGAGGAGGAAGUCAAACCCAAACGCACUCGGCGGAGGAGGAAGGGAAGGCAGCCGAAACCCACCUCUGUAGAGGAACUCCUGGAGCGCAUCAACCUCACAGAGCACCUGCCGACCUUCCUGUUCAACGGCUAUGAGGACCUGGACACCUUUAAGCUUCUGGAAGAGGAGGAUCUGGACGAGCUCAACAUCAGAGACCCUCAACACAGGGCUGUGUUGCUCACCGCUGUUGAGCUACUCCAGGAGUACGAUGGUAGCAGUGACCCGGACCGCGCUGGCCAAUCGGGCGAAUCUCAGGAGAAGCUUUUGCUGGACCGUCGGGGCCAACUGGAGAACUCGCCAAGAGACUCUGGCUGCUACGAGAGCAGCGAGAACCUUGAAAAUGGAGGGAGGGGCAAAAAGAUGUGUUCUUCCAUAAGCAGGUCCUCGUCUGGUUUCGAGUCCAGUCACCUCCUGUCCCCAGAGUACUCCUCUCUCCCCCUGGCCCUCCCCAGCCCCACCUUGGUUCACCCUAGCAAGACCACCCCACAGACCCCACCAGAAUAUCAACCCUCUGCCACACCCCCUCCAACAGCCUUGACCACCGACAGCCUUCCGAGACCGGCGCGCUUUCAGAGCCGUCGCGGUCACACCAGUAAGGUAUGGCUGACGAGGAGCCGGAGCUACGAGGAGCUGGGAGGGAGGCCUGCUCCCACAGCUCUGCCCAGGCUCUGCCUCUCCCUGGGGAAGCUGCACUCAGGGCUCCACACCACUCAGCAGCACACCCUAGAAAACCUGAAGCCAACUCCCACAAACAUGUCAAAUGCCAGGGGACCAGGAGAGGGCCAUCCUGAACAAGAGGAGGCCCCACUACUAAACUGUUUGGAAGGACCCUCCCCGCCCCCACAACCUGAGUUGCCCACUGACACAUUAGAGUUGGACAUGGUGGUUCCCAGGUUAACAGGGCUUCUUUCAUGCACACAUCCUAAAAUAUGCCCACCAGCACGAGGACAUAGGCCCAACCAUGACUUAGCCAGGCUGAACCCAAACCCAAAUCCAUGUGGUUCCCCGACAACCCCGGAGAAGACCAGUGACCUUGCCUCAAUACGCUUCUCUUUAGAAAGCACCUUUGUAGAGGAUGUAAGUGUUACACAAGCAGCAACCCACCACUGCGUCGCAGACCUGGCAUGCAAACGCUGCGUCGCAGACCUGACAAACCAACCCUGCGUGGCUGACCUGGCAACCCAACCCUGCGUGGCGGACCUGGCAACCCAACCCUGCGUGGCAGCCCUGGCAACCCAACCCUGCUUGGCAGACCUGGCAACCCAACCCUGCGUGGCGGACCUGGCAACCCAACGCUGCAUCGCAAACCUGACAACACAACCCUGCGUCGCGGACCUUGUAACCCAACCGUGCGUUGUGGACCUGGCAACCCAACCCUGCGUGGCAGACCGGGUAACCCAACCCUGCGUGGCAGACCUGGCAACCCAACCCUGCGUGCCAAACCUGGCAACCAAACCCUGCGUGCCAGACCUGGCAACCCAAUGCUGUGUCGCAAACCUGACAGCACAACCCUGUGUUGCGGACCUUGUAACCCAACCCUGCGUUGCGGACCUGGCAACCCAACCCUGCGUGGCGGACCUGGUAACCCAACCCUGCGUGGCGGACCUGGUAACCCAACCCUGCGUGGCAGACCUGGCAACCCAACCCUGCGUGGCAGCCCUGGCAACCCAAUGCUGCGUCGCAAACCUGACAACACAACCCUGCGUCGCAGACCUUGUAACCCAACCCUGCGUGGCAGACCUGGUUACACAACCCUGUGUUGCAGACCAGGCAACCCAAUCCUGCGUCGCAGACCUGGCAACCCAACCCAACUCUUCCCCAACUCUUCCCCAGUCAAAAGCCCACAGGUUGCUGCCCUCUAAGGGAAGGAAAAACCUGCCUGUUGAACCAGACAACCUCCUAAAUGAAAGACUGGAGUCCGAGGGGAUUGAUCUGACAACCGAGGCCUACUCUGAUAAGGAGCACCUGCCGACCUUCCUGUUCAACGGCUAUGAGGACCUGGACACCUUUAAGCUUCUGGAAGAGGAGAAUCUGGACGAGCUCAACAUCAGAGACCCUCAACACAGGGCUGUGUUGCUCACCGCUGUUGAGCUACUCCAGGAGUACGAUGGUAGCAGUGAACCGGACCGCGCUGGCCAAUCGGGCGAAUCUCAGGAGAAGCUUUUGCUGGACCGUCGGGGCCAACUGGAGAACUCGCCAAGAGACUCUGGCUGCUACGAGAACAGCGAGAACCUUGAAAAUGGAGGGAGGGGCAAAAAGAUGUGUUCUUCCAUAAGCAGGUCCUCGUCUGGUUUCGAGUCCAGUCACCUCCUGUCCCCAGAGUACUCCUCUCUCCCCCUGGCCCUCCCCAGCCCCACCUUGGUUCACCCUAGCAAGACCACCCCACAGACCCCACCAGAAUAUCAGCCCUCUGCCACACCCCCUCCAACAGCCUUGACCACCGACAGCCUUCCGAGACCGGCACACUGUCAAAACUAUGAGAAGCUGGGAGAGAGGCCUGCUCCCACAGCUCUGCCCAGACUCUGCCUCUCCCUGGGGAAGCUGCACCCAGGGCUUCACGCCACUCAGCACCACACCCUAGAAAACCUGAAGCCAACUCUCACCAAUGUGUCCAAUGCCAGGGGACCAGGAGAGGGCCAUCCUGAACAAGAGGAGGCCCCACUACUAAACUGUUUGGAAGGACCCUCCCCGCCCCCACAACCUGAGUUGCCCACUGACACAUUAGAGUUGGACAUGGUGGUUCCCAGGUUAACAGGGCUUCUUUCAUGCACACAUCCUAAAAUAUGCCCACCAGCACCAGGACGUAGGCCCAAGCAUCGCUUUGCCAGGCUGAACCCAAAUCCAUGUGGUUCCCCGACAACCCCAGAGAAGUACCUUGAUGGUGCCUCCAAACUCUUCUCUUUAGACAGCACCUUUGUAGAGGAUGUUAGUGUCACACAAGCAGCAACCCAACCCUGUGUCGCAGACCUGGCAAUCCAACCCAACUCUUCCCCAACUCUUCCCCAGUCAAAAGCCCACAGGCUGCAGCCCACUAAAGGACGAAAAACCUUGCCUGUUGAGCCAGCAAACCUCCUCCAGGAAAGACUGGAGUCAGAGGGGAUUGAUCUGACAACCGAGCCCUACUCUGAUAAGUAUGGUCGCUGUGGAAUUCCCCAGUCUCUGGCUCAGAGGUACUCCACUGAGCUGAACCUGCCUCUAGCAGAGACCAUGAACGUCUUGGAUGAGGUCAGAAUCACACAGCUCCACAAGCAGCAGCGCAUGGCAGUGCGUCAAAGACCACAGACCCUUGCACACUGACAAUCAACUGUGACUGACAAAGUACUGUAUAUAGCUUACUGGCAAAAACAGAAAUAAUUUACUGGGAUGCCUAUCAAGGCAUCAUAUCAAGUGAUUCAACUUUAACUGUGAUUGAUUAUCAACUAGUAUGAACAUAUUAAUCAUGUUAAUAGUGAAAAUGAAAUGCAGUGACUGAGGACUACUGAAAUUUUUCAUUUUAAUAUUGUGGAGUGUGGUGUACCAUUAAAGCAAUUAAAAAUA